CAGAUUGUAGACAAAUAUUCCCCUUUUCUCCCACCAUGGAUAAAACCAUCUUACCGCGGUCGCAUACUCGUGGACAUUACAAAUAAUUACACAUCAAUCAUUCUCCUCGGUGUGAACAGAACGGACGAGGGAAGCUACAAGUUGACAGUUGUCUCCAGCGAAGACCGAGCAAGAAAUGAAAGUAAAUUGGAGAUUUCGAUACUGUGUAAGUAAAAAGAACCUAUGAAAAAGAAUGUUUUACAGACACACGAGGAAUCAUGUCAAUAGUCAGAAAUUUUGUCAUUCAGAUACUUAAAUAUGACAAAUUAAAUCUCACAGAUUAAGUUGAGUAUUUUUCAUAUUCGGUCUACUUAGGACUUGUUUAUACCACCAUUCUGGCUUGCUUGGGGAGAGCAUCUCCUGUUUAGUGAGUUAGGUGCCCUCUAUCACCGUAGAGAACAACUUCUCGCCUUACGCCAGCGCUUCUUAGACCGGCAAGGGACGUGUUCGGUGUGGACUGGUGACAGAUAAAGCUGGAAGCAGGAUUUCAUGAGCACUCUUACCUGACCGAAAAAAAAAAAAAAAAAAAAAAAAAAAAAAAAAAAGGGACUAGUCGCAUGUUUUUCACCUGGACAAUAAGUUGUUGUAGCUGUAUCUUCGAACUUCAUCAUUUGGAAAGCUUAGACACAGGAAAAAUUAUGUUUACAACUAUUUAUAAAUAAAAUUCUAUUUCAAAGGUCUUGUUUUAUAUUAAUUUGUUCUAUUUCUUGCUGAUAAUAACAGAUUUAGAUAAACCAAGAAUUACUUCACCGGAUACCAGACCCGUGGAAGGAACUGACGUGUCUUUAUCGUGUUUUGUUGAUGGUAAACCCACACCGACAGUAUCCUGGACUGUGAAUGGUUCUCCACUAAAUACAAGCAGAAAUUCAAGAGUUUCCCUGAGCAAUUUAAACGAGCAACUGACUAUAAUGAGCUUAGACAGAACAGACAGUGGAGAAUACCAGUGUGUGGCGAACAACAGUCUUGGAAAUGUUUCUUCCAAUCCCAGUGCACUUAGAGUCCAAUGUAAGACAAAUUUUUUUCCUUUCAAUUAUAAUUCUUAUGAAUAUCAUGUGUGAAAUAGUAAGUUAAUUAAUUUCUCGAUUUUGAUAUGUUUGUGAUCUUUCUACCAAGUAAAGCAUUUGUCUUUUUAAUUUUUAAAGUAUCGAGGAAUUUUUAAUUUACGAAGCAUUAACUUUGGAAUCUCUUAUGCGGCGAUUAUUAAGCUUUUGGGUGAAUGCUCUCAAGUAACCGGUAGGAAACUGCCUGAUUUAGUUAUGUUGCAACAAACUACAUUUAAUGAUAUUUCAGUGACUAAAUUUAAUGAUCAAUUACCAUCAUUCGUAGAUUGUAGGAAGUAAAUUCCAGUGGAAUUAGCCAUACUCAAGUCAAUCUGAUAUAUUGCACUUCAAAAAGCUUUUUUUGCUUUAUUCUCACAAAACAAAUCAGUCUGUAGCUAUUAUUUGUUAUUUGCAGAUCCACCGGCGAUCGCUCUCAGUCCCUUGAAUGCCACAAAAGAGGAGGGGGAAAAUUUCACUUGGUUUUGUGAGGCUUCAGGAAAUCCAGAGCCAAAUAUAUCAUGGAUCUUUAACGGGUCUCAUAUCAAUACGAAUUACAAUCCUAACAUUGUUUUUUCAAAAGACAAACGGAAAUUGACGAUUACGAAUGUUAGCAGGAAAGACAGCGGAGAAUACCAAUGUCUGGCGUCCAAUAACAUCGGAAAUGCUUCUUCCCAAGUUGCAACAUUUGAUGUAGUAUGUGAGUACGAUGUGUCGUGAGAAAGACAAUCUUGCAAUUGCAUUACUUGGAAGGAGAUUAUCUUAAGAUCUAAAGAAUGAACUCAUUGAAAUUAUGGCUGAUUGCAAAUUAUUUGCAGCCAAAACCAAACAUUUAAAUCAAAAGUCAUUAAGUGGUGUCGUUUGGGUGAAGUCAGACUAGGAAUGGUUUGGUUAUCAUCGCUGUUGCUCACAACACGAAAAUUUUGAAUACUUGUUAAACCCCAGCAAAUACUCCAUCACACCUAUGCGAAGACUUUGUUGUUGUUUACUAUUCACAAAAAACCACAAACUAACGGAAUGUUUCCUGUUACAGACAUACCAGAGAUCACUGCUCAUCCGGACAAUGUGACUGAAAAAGAAGGAGAAAAUGUCACCUUAUUUUGUAACGUUAUGGGGAAUCCGGUACCAAAAAUAUCAUGGAAUAAGGGAGGAUCAACUCUUAGUAACAGCUCCAGGGUUAAUUUGUCGGCGGAUAACAAACACCUUACUUUAACGAAUGUAAAAAGAGUAGACAGCGGAGAAUACCGAUGUGUGGCCGCUAACAGCCUUGGAUACGAUACCUCCAAUCCUGCUUAUUUAGGAGUGCAAUGUAGGUGGAACAUUUUAAUCGCCUGUUCUUUCGUAUCUUACCUUUAAUUAAGAAAUUGUUUCAGAUUUUGAUGAUGUCAAAGUCGGUGUGUUUGUUUGAUGUUAAAUGGUUCAGCCUGCAUUUCCAUAUUUCUAAUUUUUUCAGCUUCCGAUGCCUAUCCCUGUUUUAGCAUUGUAAAUGACUUAGAGUAGAUUCAACGUAAAUGGGUUGUUUGUCCAUUGCCUACCUCUAACGACAAAAUCUUCAGAUUUUCUUGACAGUUUGCAGGUAGCCAUUAAGACCUGAGUGAGGAGAGGCACUGUGAGCCAAAAGCAAAAAGCUAAUAUCCUCGCCUGUAUUCGAAGCCGGACCUUUUAAUUCGAGUUCCGGCGAACUAAUCCCAUGUCUCUCUAUACAUUUUUCUUGUAACUCCUCACUAGUUGUUUCGAUGCGACUUUCAGUUCUAUUUCUUAGUAAUUACUUAAUGAAAGUGUUUAAGAAUUGAUCGGUUCGUCCAUUGCCUAGAGCAGAUGGUAAGGUCCUUCAUUUACACUAUACCAACACGACUGAAGAGUUCGUAAGCAAUAUUAUAUUUUAGAGGCCUAAAGAAGCUUUCAGUCAUCUUCGAAUCUACACGUAAAACUAAGUGAUUCAACUCACCCGUUUAUGGCUUAUUACCCAGGACUAUAAUUUACACUCUCAUUUGGUCAAUUAAGAUUCGAGUCCAUUUUGAUGGGUGCAUCAUGUACAAGUCCUUGCCACAACCUUUUACUUUCUUAAGUAGAGUUGACUUAGGCUCAAGGGGGUAAAGGCCCAACACUGUUAAUUUUGCUUGUCUCAUAUGGAUGACUGUAGUUAAACCCGAGAUCAGCCCUCUUCCACGAUUGAUUCAGAGAAUCGAAGGAGAGAAGUUGACUAUAUUUUGCAACGCCACUGGAAAUCCACUACCGACAACAUCAUGGACUAAAGACGGGAAUUCUGUGUGCACCAGUUACGGUUCGAGAGUGAAUUUGUCUUACGAAGGAAAACAGCUCAUUGUCAAGAAUGUGAGCAAAGGAGACAAUGGAGUGUACCGAUGUGUGGCGGAAAACAGUCUUGGAAAUGUUACGUCCCAUGGCACUACCUUGGAAGUGCAUUGUAAGUAG